AUGAAGAACCGGGUUGAAGAGUAUAUAAGGAGGAGACUAAUCAGGACCAAAAAGGUCAAGUUUGCAAGCCAAGUUGCACUUGUGAUCCGCUUGGAAUCUCUGGAGCUGGAUCGAACGGGAGAGAUGAUUGCACUUGGAGGGGUUCGCCGAGCUCGGGAAGACUCCGGGAGCGGAGCUCAUGUUGUGGUAGCCGCAGCCCGCAGCAUAUCAAAUAGAGCAAACUCACAUGGCGCAACAUGUUCUGGAAUCAUCAUCAAUCUGUAUGGGUCUUCCGAGUCGGACAAGGACCCAAAAAUCAACAAAAAGUUCAAGGAGCCGGUGCAGGAAAAAAGUGGUUGGGGUUAUGUCCUUGAUGCUCAAGAUGACCGGAUUGUUGAGUGGUAUGUUCUCAAGCUACAAGUGCACCUGGAGUACGCACUCAAAGCUGGAUAG